CGUCACCGCACGAGUAAGAAAAACUUUUGAUCGUUCCAACAACUACGGUAGGGAUAAAAAAACACUUCGGUGACAUGACACAAAACAUCCACACAAUACCGAUACGUACCGUACUUUUCCGUCGAGCCGCCAUAAAGAAAAGCGUGGUACGGAACAAAUCCACUACCCAUCGGCGAUCGAUCGAAUAUACCAUGAACGGGAUCUCUCGCAAAUCGAUUGCAUUCACAGGAGCCGUGCUGCUGGUCAUCACUAUCGCCCUACCCCUGGUCCUAGUGGUCCGUGCCAACGAAACCGGGAGCAACAGCUAUCUCGCGUGGAACGGGAGCGAGACCGCCAUGCGCAUCGACGGCGGCGGCGAAUCCGGUUGGGACGAAGAACAAUGGUACGUCCAGGUCGAUGGCGUCAUGGGGGGGAAGUCAUCGGGAGACCUUGAGUUCGUCGGGGUCGAGGAUGCAUCUGCGUCGACAGAAACAACAACGACGACAACGACGACGAUGAUGUCCUUCAAGGGUGACAUCAAUCUGGAUGGGGGAGGGUUCUCCUCGGUUCGACGGAGGAUAAACCUCGACCUGACCGGAUUUUCGGGUGUGGUGGUUACCCUCGAAGCGUCGCCGGUUUCCUCGCCAAUCGCUCCGCCCACCGGGCUCCACCUGCAGUUCGGGGACUCCUCGAGCUACUACGAUUUUUCCUCGGCCUUGGCGGUUCCGCUCGGGGGCAGCGGGGGAUCACCAACGCUGGCGAGCGUCUACCUCCCCCUGGAAACCUUUGACCGCGGAACGCGCUUUGGCUUUUCCUGCAACAACAACUGCGCGUUCGAUCCGUCGAGGAUCAAUGGCAUGAGCGUUUACGUCCUGUUCCAGGAGGGUGACUUCGACGUUCGCAUCGCAUCGAUCGAGGCCGUCACCGAGCCCGUGUCCUUUUCCCCGCCGGUGGCCGCGGGCAUCGACUCCCCGGGGGACGCAAUCGAGCUCUUGAGGGCGACCGUCCGGAGCGGCGGCGGCCUCUACGACAAGUCGUACGUGGAACUCUGCGUCACGAUGUACUGGUCCGUCCUGAACUCGCUGCUCCGGUUUCCGGCGGAGGAAGAAGGCUGGUCCCUCCCCGGUCCCGUCCGGGCCGUCAUCUGCGAAGGCCUGGAGCGGGCCGAGCGCGAGCUUUUUCCCACCAAGAACGCCCCUUCCGACAAGGCGGCCGCCGCGUGGACGCUCCGGUACACGAUCGACGCGGUUGUGGCGGACCUGAAUGGAUCGGAGCGGGUGUGGCCUUCCGACCGGGACUCGCUUCCGACCCCCCUGGAGGCGGAGGCGAUGGAGGCGACGUGCGUGGGGCGGACCUCGCCCGCCCCGGGCCCACCCUACGAUCCGCGGGCAACGGAAGGCGGGCCCGAGCUCGGGGGCGAUAGUGAUAGCGAUACCGGUGGCUCCGAGAACGCUACCGCCACCGACGACCCAUACGACGACGACGACGACGACGGGGACUCGCUCGGGGAAGCCACCGCGAACCUCACGGAUUCCGGUGAUUCUUUGGAGGCAUCUGCGGCCACUGUGCGCAGCGGUGCGAAUUAUGCCACUAGCAGCAGCGCGGUUUCGCGGCAUUCCCGGGCGAUGCGGUCGGUGGCUCUGCUCGCAUCCCCGCUGCUGGCCGUCCUCCUUUGUGCUGCCUAAACCGAAGACAAGACGCGGGAAACAAUAGGAACGGGACGCAUGGAUGGAGCCACGAAACGAUUGGAAUGCAAGUGCGAAUCGAUGCAUCCGCCCAUCCCUAGCCUUUGUUUUACCGAUUCCGGUAUUCUUCUUGGUUGUCACUGCCAGCAGUACGUGUAUAGUUCGUGUAAUCCAUAGCAAUCAGAUUUGUUUUUCAGAUAGAUCAUGCACCUUGCAAUCAACGGUUAAAUUGUAG